GCGUGCGCUAGCGUGGCCUCGGCGCUGCUGCAGCCUCUGGGCAGUUGGGACGAGAGUCCUGGUUUCCGCGUGCGCGAGCCCUCCGCUGCAGCUCGUUCCUAACGGCGCGCUUGUGUCGCUAUGCCGGCAGACGUCAGCAAGUGGACUGGGCCCUUGAGCCUGCAGGAGGUGGAUGAGCAGCCCAAGCACCCAUUGCGGGUGUCUUACGGCGGGGUAGAGGUGGACGAGCUGGGCAAAGUGCUGACGCCCACUCAGGUUAAGAACAGACCCACCAGCAUCUCCUGGGAUGGUCUGGAUUCAGGAAAACUCUACACCUUGGUCAUGACAGACCCAGAUGCUCCCAGCAGGCAGUCUCCCAAAUUCAGGGAAUGGCACCAUUUUCUGGUGGUCAACAUGAAGGGCAACGACAUCAGCAGUGGCACAGUGCUCUCCGAUUAUGUGGGCUCCGGACCUCCCAGUGGCACAGGCCUCCACCGAUAUGUGUGGCUGGUCUACGAGCAGGACAAACCGCUGAAGUGUGACGAGCCCAUCCUCAGCAACCGAUCUGGAGACCACCGAGGCAAGUUCAAGGUGGCCUCCUUCCGCAAGAAGUACCAUCUCGGGCCCCCAGUGGCCGGCACGUGUUACCAGGCAGAGUGGGACGACUAUGUGCCCAAACUGUAUGAGCAGCUGUCCGGGAAGUAGGGCAGACUCCACAAGGUCCUGUGGUCCUGGAAACCCCAAGCAGUGUUACCAAGUUCAUUCACCGAUGCAUGUAGAUUUCUCCUUUGUCCCAUUCCCUUUGCGCGGUGAGAUCUAAGCUGUCCCAUAGUGGUUUAGGGUGACUUUUCCUGACACUUGUCCUUUCGGAUUCUAGCUUGUCACACAUCCCAGUUUAUGUUUGUAUGUUUGGGUCAAAUUUGAACUCCCAUUUUGGGGGAUAUUUUGGUACUGUGUUGGGAUCAUAUUGGUAAAAGCAUAGCAACCCAAGAUUUAAGGAAGAAAAAAAGCCAGGCAAAAAGAACCGGGUAUAUAGGGAGACAGUAGAUUAUCAAGGAGUGUGUAAGGGAGGCUGAAAAAGAAAGAAAAAGAUUGAUUGUCAUAGCCUUCAAGAGUCGGAGUCCAGUGUUGUACACAGUGGGAGCAGCAGGAGGCUCCCAUCCUGGGUAAAUCAGGACAGGACGUUCCAUCUCCUCCAGUGGCCUAGAAGGUUUCACAGUCCUGCUCUGGUGCGGUGCUUUAAAGGGCACAGCUGGAAACGGCAGUGAAGGGAUGGCUUUGCUCUUGCUGAGGCCUGAUUAGUAAGGGGUGGGAGGGACAGAUCAGCAGGUUCCUUAGAUUUAAUGUCUGCUAAAUUGGUCACUUGUCACUGGCCUGAGAAACGCUGAUCUAGCUUUGCUUACUGUUGUGUUAAUUCUGGUGUUUGCUUAUUGUUGAAUAAAAGUGAAAACUCUGGACAA